GAAAGCUUUAUAAGAAUUAUUUGAUCAUAAUCACGCCCUACCAGAGAGAAUAUUUCUAUUUUAUAUAGUUACGCUACACAACCUGAAGUCUUGAUAAAAACUGUUUUAAAAGGAAUGUUUGUUGUGUUAUGUCGUGACUAAGAAUCCCAAAAAUUGGUAUGAAUAUCGGAAGAAAAGUGUCGAUUUUACCUUUGUUUUAAGCAAUUAAACAGUCAACACGUAUGAUUAUGAUCAUAUGUCAAAAUAUAUAAUAAUCAUUGAGGUCUCUUUUUUCUUGUUAAUAUCACUAAAUACAACAAAUCAACAGGAAUGUUCAAUACUGAAUGAAUUUUAAAAAUAUUUUGUCUACGAAUUCGGUGGGGUCUUCAGUUUUGAGAUCAUUUCAUUUAGAAGACAUCUCUAAAUUGCAAAAUGAAAUUGAACUACUGCGACAAAAUGUGUCCGCCCUAAAAAUUUUGCUUGAAAGUAGAGAAACUGCUAUCGGCAUUCUUGCUCGAGAGAAAAAGAAUUUAUAUCUUGAUUUGACGAAGGUGCAAAGAAUUAAAAAAAAGAUAGAACAACAGCUCUUACACGAAAGAAAAAUGAAUUCAAUAUAUAAAGAGUGCUUGUUGGACGCCAAGAAACACAUUUUAAAUGGAUCCGAAAAAUCUGACACAUCAGACGGAGUUGAAGAUCGAGGUAUAAGUGACCUUAAAAAAGAGAUAAAGUCGAAGGAUCAAGUUAUAAUUUCUGUGUGUAACAAAUAUCUCAAAUUAAAAAGAUACAAAAGAGUUUUACAAGAUAAGUUUAAAACACUGCAAAGAAAUUGUGGAGAGUUUUUUAGGUUUGUGAAAAUGUUUUAAAAGCCCUAAGAGAACACAGAGAAGCCGUUGAUUCAUUAUUGGAUGAUUUGAUAAAAAACACAUCGACAUCGCCCAGACAAGAGGAAUACAUUAAGUUGGUCAAAAUGAACAAUGACCUUCAGUUUGAAAAUACUCAACUGAAACUUUACCAAAUUUCAAAUACAUAUUUAAGUGGUGAUAGAGAUAAUCCCAGUCUUUCGUCCCAACAUAAAAUGAACAACUAUGAUGAACCAAUACCAUUAUACUCCAAGCGAACGUGCUGUUCUCGAAUACAUUAUCCUACUGACAUACUAACGGUUUCUAAAAAUUCUAUUGCCCGUUUUUGCGACAUUCAUAAUCUUCGUAAAUCUAUAUCUGACAGUGAUCUGCAAGGACAUUUUUAUACUUAGCUACCUAUUUCUAUACUUUUAGCUGAUACGAUUGACUUCGGCCACGUUGCUGGCUAAAUUAAUGAAGUAUUCGUAAGUGCAAAAAAACAUAUUACGGUCUUCGUAGUGUAGUUUCUUUCAACUUUCAUAAGUAUAUUACUUGCAAAUAUGGCUAUAACUUUUUUUUUGUAAUAAAGUGUCUAAGAAAAAUAUAAUUAAAAUAUAUCUUGUCCUCUAUCCAUGAGCGGGUACAAUAUCAGAACUCUAUCAUUUUAUUUCAAAAGUUAUGUAUAGUCAAUUGAAUAUGUUAGAUGAAUAGAUUACUAUGAGUAGAUAAGUAAAUGUAUAAAAAAAAUUCAAAAUAUAUGUCUUUUAUU